AUGAAUUUUCUGGCUGAAUCCAAUCGUAUUGUAUACCAAAGUCACGUGAAGCAACGUCUAUCAUUGGCAGCCUUAGCACAGUUAAGAGAUGUCAGUGAAUCAACAAUCGCAUCAUAUAUUGUAAAUUGCGUGAAAUUGGGAUUGCCGAUUCAUUUGGAUGUUUUACAAAUCACUCAGUCAAAUAUAGACACUAUACUGGAAACAAUUCGGAACCAUGGAUCAGAUAUCAUACGAUUGAAGCCAAUAAUGGAGAGGUUACCGGAUGGAUUUAUAGAUUACAAUCGUUUGAAGAUCAUCUUCGCUUUAUUGGAAUAUGAAUAUGGUGUCGAAGAAGAAGAAGAAAACAAAGCUUUGCGGUCAGCAAACUUCCGAACGUGUUCAUCACAGAAAGCAGAUACAGUCGGAUCUCUAUCCCAGCCGAGCAGCUCAUCGCGAACUGUGGAUGUGUCAAGUGCGAACUCAUCCCAGCCAAAUGCUGCUGACUCAUCGAGCACCAGCACCACUUCAAAACGUCGACUUCCGCAGUGGAUGACGAGUGAUGUUACAGCCAAGCUG